AUGUCUGGACGCGGAAAGGGCGGAAAAACCAGAGCGAAGGCGAAGUCUCGGUCCUCCCGGGCCGGGCUGCAGUUCCCGGUGGGCCGUGUCCACAGGCUGCUGAGGAAGGGUAACUAUGCUCAGCGUGUUGGUGCCGGCGCCCCGGUGUACCUCGCGGCUGUGCUGGAGUAUCUGACGGCUGAGAUCCUGGAGCUGGCCGGAAACGCCGCCCGCGACAACAAGAAGACCAGGAUCAUCCCCCGCCACCUGCAGCUGGCCGUCCGCAACGACGAGGAGCUGAACAAGCUGCUGGGCGGAGUGACGAUCGCUCAGGGCGGCGUGCUGCCCAACAUCCAGGCCGUGCUGCUCCCCAAGAAGACUGACAAGGCGAAAUGA